AUGCUACUGCCAUGGCAGUUUGCCAGGUUUGCAGCUCGGAAUGGACGUAUUAUGUGGCCGCCUCUGAGCCAUACACGAUGGAUGAGCGCUUCGCACAAGUCGAGAACAAUCUCAGGGCCCCGUUCUAAUGCGGACAUGCACUUUCCUUCCACCGGACGUGGGAAUGGUGGUGGGGGCGAUCGACCACCACUAAUCGACCAAGACGUGGAUGAUAUACCGGGAUCCACCACGGAACAUGCUGUGAUUUCCAUGUUCGACUUAUUUUCCAUUGGUAUCGGUCCAUCGUCCUCGCACACCGUCGGUCCUAUGCGAGCAGGCGCGAUUUUUGUCCAAGAUUUGCGUGACUCUGGCAUCCUGUCUUCGGUGGCAUCCAUUAAGCUGGCAUUAUACGGAAGUCUUGCUGCUACGGGCAAAGGGCAUAUGACGCCACAGGCACUUUUACUGGGCCUGGAGGGCGCCGACUGUGAAACGGUCGAUACGGACUCUGUGCCUGUGCGAUACGAGUCCAUCAUCCGGGAUAAGAAGCUUACACUCGGCAAGGACUCGCCGGAUCAGGGCCACGUUCAAUCGGUGCAUUUCGACUAUGACAAGGAUUUGGAGUGGAACUGGAGCCAAAAGCUUCCCAUGCACUCAAACGGUAUGCGGUUCAGUGUAUUCAAUAAUGAAGGCGACCUGCUUGCCACCAAUGAAUUCUACAGUAUUGGCGGUGGCUUCGUGGUCAAUGGACAAAUGGCCAUAGCCGAUCGGCCUGGUCCUCGACCCGCGCGCGAAAUGCUGCCGGCUCCGCCACCCUCUGAAAACCAUCCGCAAGAUACGAUGGAGAAUGUGUAUUAUAAAUCGAUUCGACGAAACGAUGCUGAUGGCGAACGUCGUGAAGGUGCUAUGCCAUCCACACCUGGCCAAGCCGCUUUGCCCCCACCUUCUCAUUCUGAUCAGCUCUCGGAGCAAGCCAGGAAAGAGCCGCGUUUCCCAUUCCGUACCAUGUCGCAACUCUUGUCUUUGAGCCGAAAACAUAAUCUUACGAUCGCGCAGAUUGUGUAUGAAAAUGAGCUCACAUGGUACACGCCUGAGGAAAUUGAUGCGAAAAUCAUGCAUAUUUGGAACGUGAUGGAUGAGGGCAUCCGAGCUGGCGUCCUUAGUGAGCAGGAGGUGCUACCAGGCUCGCUGCGAAUGAAACGACGAGCCCCCAAGCUGUAUGCGCGACUUAUGCGUGGGCUAAAUAUGGGUCCACGCCGCCUUGGUAAUAGGCACGGCUCGUCUGAAGCAGACAAGUCAUACCUGGGUCCUGGCACUGCCAUGACCAACUCGGCUACGUGUGCAUGGCCUAGUGCCAAGUCGCGCUCGGCACCGCGUGUGCCGCGCAUUCGCGGCUCGUUUCAGCAUGAAAUCAUGCCAGUGCCACCGCGCCGCACCAAUUUUCCCGCGAUGGACUGGCUGUCGUGCUGGGCCAUUGCUACCAAUGAGCAAGUGGCUGCAGGCGGCCGUAUUGUGAUUGCACCGACGCUUGGUGCAGCUGGCAUCAUCCCGUCUGUGCUACGUUACGUGGUAGAGUUUGUGGCGCUCACACCUGAGGAUGAAGAGAAUCUCGUAAAGACCUUCUUACUUACUGCCGCAGCUAUCGGUAUGUUAUUCAAGCGGGGCGCUACGAUUAGUGCGGCAGAAGGAGGAUGUAUGGCCGAAGUCGGCACAAGCUGUUCCAUGGCUGCAGCUGCCUUUACUGCGUGUAUGGGCGGAAGCCCCGAAGUGAUCGAACAAGCUGCUGAAACGGCGAUUGAGCAUAAUCUCGGUCUCACUUGCGACCCUGUGGACGGCCUUGUUCAGGCACCAUGCAUUGAACGCAACGCUGUGGGCGCUGUCAAGGCUGUCGUGAGCGCCAACCUGGCCCUAUCUACGGAUGGCAUCCAUACCGUGACGCUGGACGAAGCGAUUCAUGCAGCCCGUCUCACGGCCGCUGAUAUGCAUACCAAGUACAAGGAGACCAGCCUCAGUGGGUUGGCCACCACGGUCAAGAUCCCUGUGGCUGUUCCGGAUUGUUAG